AUGCAUUCACCCGAAAAGAACCCAAACAAGAUCUUUGAGUUAGAUUAAUCAUCACAACCUCGAUAGCUUAUUAGGAGAGACCAAUCAACUAUUAUUAAUAUCAAUAAAGAUCUUUAAUUGAGUGAUGUUGCCUAAAUAAAAAGCUAGUCAGAAGUACAAUAACCAAACAAGAAAGAUGAGAUAAAAUCAAACUAAGUGAAUUUAAAAAGCAACUUUGAUCGCAGUAGUUUACUCAAUUUCUCAGAAAGUUUCCUGAAUCAUGAGGAGAUUGACUGCAAUAUUGGAGAGGAAAUUGAGUAUGAUGAGCAAUCUGGCAAAAAUAUCAAUAACAGCUUUAUUAACAGACUUAAAGAUUUCUCUACUUUUAAUCCAUCAGGAGUCAAGGAUAAGUUUGCUUUUAACAAUUCAGCUUACAUUCUCAAUGGUGCAGAUAAAAAAUAUUUCAAUAGAGAUUCACUGCCUGUAAAUCCUAGUCAGUUAAUUGACUCAAAAAUCUAACAGAACUAUAACUCAGCUAGGUAAAAUAUGAUGAACUACCAUCUUAAGACUUAGAGUCCAGAGCAUCAAAAGAAACUUCUCGAUGACACAUUGAAUCUUAAUAAGGAUAAAUAACCUCUACAACAAUAGUCAUCUUAUGCUGAAUCGAACUCAAUGCCCUAAAAAUAGCUUAUGAAUGCUUAAAAUCCUUUUUCUAACAAGAAACAGUCAUGUAUCAGCUCUCCAUUAUCAAGCAAUGCUAAAAAUAUAAAUCUUGAAGAUGCAUUUAAAUUGGACAAAAACUUGAAGGAGGUCAAGUAGCCCAAUCAAUUACAACAAAUGCCAAAUUAGCAGCUUAAUAUUGUAGGAAGUAGCUUAGUACCUAGUUAAAAUGCUAUCAAAGAGAUUACCAAUAUUCAAUAAAAUAACAGUCAAAUAAUGGAUAAUCAUCAUAAUCAUAGUAACACCACUCAUAGCUAAACAUAAAGUUAAACCUAUUUUUCACCUGAUGGAGGUAAAGAGAAGCCUAAGUUAAAUGAUUCAUUAAAUUAAAGUAUGAGCAAAAGUAGGCUUUAUGAGCUUAAGAGAUCAUCUUCAUAGGCUUUAAUAGAUGUUGAAAGUACUUACGUCAAAUCUCAGAUUUAAAAAGCUGAUCAAGGCUAGCUAAUUGGUACAGAUCCAUUUUUUAUGCAGUUAUUAGCCUAAAAAGAGGAAUAGCUUUAAGAGUAAAAAUUAAAACUUAAGAAAAUGAAUAGCAAAGUCAAGUAAAAGCAGCAUAAAUUGAACAAAAUUAAGAAUAGACUACGCGAUACUAGACAAGAUAAUCUAGAUAUAGAGUGGUAAAUGAAUACUAUAUUGGCCAGUAAAAUUCUGCAAGGCAUUAAUCCAAAGGAGCAAAUAUAGCCUAAUAAUUAUUGA